UCGAGUUAGUUGGAAACAUGGUGGAGCUAUUGAAGUGACAGACAGCCCAAAUUAUAAUUUUUGUCAUGUUAAAAUUCUGAUAAUUCUUCUAGUCCAGUGAGAGAUAUUUAGUUUCUUGUUGAGGUUAAUUUUUCAGCCGAAAAUGGGGUUGUGCAAGUGCCCAAAACGUAAAGUGACGAAUCAGUUUUGUUUUGAGCACAGGGUUAAUGUUUGUGAACACUGUAUGGUGACAAAUCACCCGAAGUGCGUCGUCCAAUCGUAUCUCCAAUGGCUCCAAGACAGUGACUGCAAUCCCAUCUGCACCCUCUGCAAUGAGGCCUUGAAGAGCUCAGACUGCGUGAGAUUAACAUGUUACCACGUCUUCCACUGGUCCUGUCUGGACACGUAUGCAAGAAAUUUGCCAGCCACAACAGCACCCGCAGGAUAUACCUGCCCCACGUGCCAGUCUGGUAUAUUUCCAGAGGUGAAUCUAGUAUCCCCAGUGGCUGAUGUCUUGAAACAAAAAUUGGCGAGUGUCAAUUGGGCCAGAGCUGGUCUAGGUCUGCCUCUGUUGAGCAUCGACAGAGAGGAGAGGCCAAUUCAGGAACCAAAAUCAACUCCAACAGAGGCUCCAUCAGUCUAUCAAAAUCACUCGAUAACUCCUACAUCAUCGCCAUCAACAGCAACCGCCAGGAUCAGUGGUAACGUCAACUCUCACGUGAAUAACGUUCACACAGCUGUUCAGAAACAGGGGCCACCGUAUUCAGUCGUUAAUAUUGAAUCGUCAGGGCAGAUGGAACGAAAGGUCUUCGAGGCUUACGACGAUCCCAAGGACAUGUCUUAUGAUCACGAUGAAAAUAAAUAUCAGAGAAAAUCGGCUGUUGAGUGGUUCCUCAGGUGGUGGAAACUGAUCAUGAGGCCUCCAGCACGCAGGAGAAGUUCCUCCGGAGGACUUUACAGACGUUAUGCCAUUAUUGGGAUUUUUGGGCUACUCUCCUUUAUCAUGAUUAUUAUUUUGUUCUCGUGGCUGGGGAGAAUGGCAACCGAUGGAGAUCCUGCUUAUAAUCUCAUGGCUAAUCCUAAUAUCAAUAUUGAAAAGGAGAGAAUUUAAAGGGCGGAGGAGAGGAUUUAUAAUAGAUGGACGGAUGGGGAUAAUUGAAGAUGUGUUUCCAGAGGUUUUUUUUAUUUUGAGAGUUCAUGGCGAUUUUUCGGGAAAAUUCACACAUUUUUGGGAGAAAUCGAUUUUUUUGGAUGGUUCUAGGGGGACUAGUUGGUAAUUUGUUUGACGCAGAAAUUUACUAAUUCGCAAAAUAUUUGUUAGCUAUAACAAAAUGUUUAUUCGUAAAACAUUUGGAUUUUUUUACCUGUUCCAAACAAUAUUAUCUGAAUUUAUUAUUAAAAAAAUGAAAAUCAUUUUGGAAAAAUAUGAAUUGGCAUCGAAAAUAUCUUCAACAUUUUUUUGGUAGUUUUUUUCGUCGUGAGGAUGAUUAAAAAGUUGAAAAAAAAAUAUUUUUUCCACUCAGUUUAAGAGAGUUUUAUCAAUUGUCUGACUGUGUCGGUGAUUAAUGGGACCUCUAAACAUUCUUUCCUGUAACUAUUCGUCAUGGCGAUUAUCUAGGACUCGACGUGGAAACUAUGAAAACACAUACUCAGUUCAACCCCAAUGCAUUUGUCUACUUUUUAUUAAUUAUAUAAUUAAGACUAGGAUUACGAUGUAUAUUUUGUUCUAAUGUAAAUGUAUUUGAAGAUUUGUAUAGUACAUUCGAUACUGAUUAUUC